CUGGCUCACGGACUGUCUGCAAUUAGAUGCAACCGGUUGAUCCACUCUCGUUCCCAGCUUUGUAAUCUUCCAUUCCGUCAGACAACUUGUACAAAGGGUACGCUCGGGGCAACAGCGAGUUUUGGUGGUUGUGUUAUUUUAUGGUAAAAAAAUGGCGGUAAACAUUCCCGGAAUCGUCGCCAUCGUGGUGUUCUACCUGCUUAUUCUGGCGGUGGGUAUGUGGGCUGGACGGAGGGGGAAGAAGGACGAGGGAAGCACCGAGAGCGAGAACGCCAUGCUGGCCGGCAGGAACAUCGGGACCUUCACCGGGCUACUCACACUCACAGCCACCUGGGUGGGAGGAGGCUACAUCAACGGAACAGCCGAAGUCAUCUUCAACCCGACACAGGGCGCCGUCUGGUGCCAGGGCCCCAUCGGGUCUUCUCUGGGACUUAUCAUUGGUGGACUCUUCUUCGCUAAGAAGUUCCGGUCGCAGGGUUACGUCACCAUGUUGGACCCCUUCCAGCAGCGUUACGGCCGGAGGAUGGGGGGACUGCUCGUCAUCCCGGAGCUGUUGGGAGACAUCUUCUGGGGGGCAGGCAUUCUAGCUGCACUGGGUGCAUCCCUCAGUGUUGUGUUGGACAUGGACCUGCUUGUGUGUGUCCUCAUCUCCGCCGCCAUCGCUAUCUUCUACACACUGUUUGGGGGCCUGUAUUCUGUCGUCUACACUGACGUCAUACAACUGUUUUGCAUAUUCAUUGGCACAUGGCUCUGUGUGCCGUUCGCUUUCACUAACCCAAACGUGUCCAGCAUCACGAGCACCCAGCUGACGCGCUUUCUCUACACACCAGUCAACACCCCGGUCAACGCUACCUUAAACAUCACCGGCAACUCUACCUUAAACAUGUCCACCAGCGAUAUAAUAAACAUCACCACAUUCCAAGUGACGAACGCCACAGGCUGGUUCGGGGUCUGGGACAACAGGAGAGUCGGCAUCUGGAUUGACUACUUCCUGCUCCUGACCCUUGGAGGAAUCCCCUGGCAGGCGUAUUUCCAGCGCGUUCUGGCGGCGAAGUCCACCAACAACAUCCGGGCAAUCUCCGUGAGUUCAGGGUUCCUGUGCAUGGUCAUGGCUAUCCCAUCAUUCCUCAUUGGCGCGAUCGGAGCCUCAACAGACUGGCAGAACACAGCGUACGGCCGAGACCCGGCAGUAGAGGGGAACUCCAACCUGAUCCUCCCCCUCAUCCUGCAGUACCUGACUCCGACGUGGGUGUCGUUCUUCGGACUUGGCGCCGUGUCGGCAGCCGUUAUGUCGUCUGCGGACUCCUGCAUCCUGGCCGCCAGCUCCGUCUUCGCCAAGAACGUCUACAAGGAGGUCUUCCGCCAGAAGGCAUCAGAGACGGAGAUAGUGUGGGUGAUGCGCUUCUCUAUUUUUGCGGUCGGCGCCAUGUCCACAGCGAUGGCAGUUACCGUCAAGACAAUAUAUGGACUGUGGUACCUGUGCUCGGAUAUGGUGUACGUGAUCCUGUUUCCCCAGCUGAUCUGUGUGAUCUAUCUCAAGUUCACCAACACGUACGGCUCGCUGGGCGGCUUCCUGCUGGGGAUGCUGCUGCGGUUCGGCGGAGGGGAGGAGCUGCUGUUCCUACCGGCAGUCAUCAAGUAUCCAUUUUACGACGACUCCACCGGCACUCAGUACUUCCCUUUCCGUUCCUUCGCCAUGCUGUGUAGCUUCGUGUACAUCAUCGUCAUCUCCCUCAUCACCAAACUUAUCUUCGAGGGCGGAAAAGUCCCGCUCCGUUUUGACGUCUUCUACUGUUUCCACGAAGAUCCGAAUGAGGAUCGGGAAACGGAACAGAAGGAUGUAGAGGUGGAUCUUCUAGAGAACGGGUCCAGCGUUUCCAGGGUGGUUAAUAAGUUCAAAGGGGGAGAAAAAUCGGAGGCUGAAGCAAUGUUGUAAAUUGUUCGUCAUUUGUUACGUUUUAUUUGAGGUUGGAACUUGUAUGAAAAAGAGCCCCAAUUACUCAGUUAAUAAGAUAAUACAAUUAGAUAAGAGAUUCGCGACAACAUCAAAACAUGAUGCAUUCAGAUAGUAUAUAGUAUAUUACUAUAUCUCCAUGUAUCUCAAAAAGAAGAAACUAUUAGGCGAAUGGAAUCACAAUAGUGUAUAAGGGUUCAGUACACAUUAGUGUAUAGUACAUGUAUUUUAGUGUUUUACAUUUUACAUUAUCAUUUAAUAAUAGACCAAGUGUCUAUGCAUGUAGCCAUUCGGGCAUAAAUAUACAACAAACAUUAUCAUCAUAAAAUGUAAAUAUCAUAUCAUUGAUAAUAGAUUACAUUUGACACCACGUUAUACGUUAUGCCUUCAAACAUCAAAACAACGCCCUAAUAUCAAUGGCGUGAACGAUAUUACAAACAUUGACCCUGUUGCAAAUAACAUGUAACGUUACCUGCAAAAGCAUACAUCUCUUCGUAAAAAAUACGAACAUUUCUAUUAACCGUUACAAUACCUCUUCUGUACUAAAUACAAUAGAAACUUUUGUCUAUUAGUACUAGUAUAUACGGUGCUGUAUAAUAUACAACAUUUGCAAGGACCAAAGUACAAUUCUCUAUACGACAACUGGGGCGCUUUUUGUCAAGCCACAGUAGUACUGUUUUUACAAUACCCGUUGUCAACUGUGCAAUUAUCAUGUAUACGCAACACACAACAUAUAGUACAGACGAUAUGCGUUGAUACAAGCACAUAAUAAGCAUAAUAGAAUAUUCCGAUAAUUAUCAUGAUAUCAUGAUUACCAACUCAAUAUGAACUUUCAUGCCAAAUGAAAAAA